GGAGAGUAGAGAGUGUGUGUGUGUGUGUGUGGGGGUGAGUGUGGGGUGAGUGAGGGCGGCGACAUUACCCAGGACGCGGCCUCCGUCUGCGGCCGGAUGGUGAGGAGCUCCGUCGAGCGGAUACUAAACAGCCACUACUUCGGUAAAGAUAGAGAGCAGAGCCCAGCGGCGCCCGGCGGCGGCAUGAGGGACGGCCAGGAGAGUAAUAUUCCUUUGUGUAGUACCUCCCAGCAACAAUACUGCAGGCACCUCGGUCCAGGGCCUCUGUGGUGCUCCGAUGCCCCUCACCCAUCUUUGAAGAUCCCGGGUGGGCGAGGAAACGGAAGGGAUCACACUCUUACAGCUCUCUUGCAUGCGGAUGAGAAGCUAACCGUAACACAAGAUCUACCAGCAAAUGGAAAACAACACAUCAUCCACUUUCAGUACAAGUUGACAGACUCCAAGGUCUCCAAAUGGAAUGCAGUUUUCUCCAAUAAUAAUCUCUUUGUGGAGAUUCCUGAUGGCAUUUUGGCAGAAGGAAGCAAAGAAGGGUUAACGGUGCUGUUAGAAUUUGCUGAAGAGAAGCUGAAGGUGGAGUAUGUAUUUGUCUACUUCUCCAAAAACAGAGAAGAUCGAGCCUUUCUUUUGAGGACAUUCAGCUUCAUGGGCUUUGAGAUUGUGAAACCAGGCCAUCCGUCAGUUCCAGCUCGGCCUGGUGUCUUGUUCAUGGUGUACUCCAUUGAUCAGUCGUUAUCUGAGGAGGAGUAGCCGCAAACUGUGUUUUCCUUUCCCACCUUUUUAAUGUAGCUCAAUUGGGAGAGGGUAGUCCUUAGUAUAAGCGCUGUGUAAUACCCAUAGCAGCCUGUAAAAGGCGCACAUUUUUGUUGUCUUUUGCGUAAGCAAAAUUUGAUCAUCUUGCCUAGAUGUUCUUUAGGCAGCCUGGGCUGAAUUCAGCUUCAUGGAUUGAUACUGAGCAGUAAUUGUUGUUUCCAAUUACAAAUCUGUCAAGGUUUAUUUGGUCCUUUGUUUCUUGAACUGUGUGACUAUUUGUCAUUGCUGUUUAUAGAAAAUGUUGAAAGCUUGUGCAUUCCUUUCACAUACUGUGUUUUUAUGUAACUUCUUGAAAGCUGUUUAAAAAAAAAAUAAAAUAAAAUAUUUCAAAUUUA